GGUCGCUUUCCACCGAGGAUGCCUUACCAGGCCACUCCUGACAGCCGAGCUGCCCCUCAUUUUCCAAGGACUCACCUUGCUGAAGCAGUUGCCAAAGCCAAGGCAGGUGGAGGUGGAAGCACUGGUGGAACUGGGAGAGGUCUUGUGGGGCAGAUUAUCCCUAUAUAUGGAUUUGGCAUCUUCUUAUAUAUCCUGUACAUUUUAUUUAAGCUGGCUUCCAAGGGAAAAACUAUUGCUGGAGAGCGGAAAUGCCCUACUGCUGCACCUGGAAACAUGAAGAGGAAAAUCACUGACUAUGAGCUCACUCAACUGCAGGAAAAAUUGCGAGAGACAGAAGCAGCUAUGGAAAAAUUAAUCAACAGAGUAGGGCCUAAUUGUGACAGUACUCAAAAUGUUACAACAGACCAGGAAAAAAGGUUACUUCAGCAACUCCGAGAAAUUACUAGAGUUAUGAAAGAAGGAAAAUUCAUAGAUGGCAUCUCUCCUGAGAAGGAAGCUGAAGAAGCUCCUUACAUGGAGGAUUGGGAAGGUUAUCCAGAAGAGACCUAUCCUGUCUAUGAUAAUUCCGAUUGCUUCAAGCACAAACAGGACACAAUCCUCGUAGAUUAUCCUGACCUGAGCCAGCCCUCUGCAGAAGAGCUGGCAGAAAGAAUGGAGGGCAUGGAAGAUGAGGAGCAUCUGUGCAAUGAAACCCUGCUUACUGAUCUCACCAUGGGAAGGGGCCGUCAUGGUUUAAUGCAGAAAAAGCACGAGGUAACUGGCAUCAGUGAAGAGGAGAGGGACCUUCAUCACAGCCAAAGCAUUGAGGAGUGCUGUUGUUAUGAGGAUGACGAUCCUGCUGUCAUAGCGGAGAAUGCUGGAUUCCACUCUGAGAGCUGCAGCGAAGCAGAAGAGCCAACCCAAGAGGACCUGUCUGUGGAGUCAGAAAAUCAAAAUGCAGCACUGAAACAGCAAAAAGCCAGUGAUUCAGAUGAAACAAGCGCACUGAGAAAGCGCAACACAAAAGGGCUUGAGUAAUAGGGACAAUAGUGGAUGUUACCUAGAUGGUGAAGGUAGAGGUCAUAAACUGUCAUUCGUGUGGUUUUUGUUCCCGAUGAAGACUUCUCUAUGUUCAUCUCCUUGUACCAAUUUCAUUCCCAUGGUAACAAUCAGUCACAUCAUCUUCCUGAACUGGAAGCCAAUGCCCUCUUUCAUGCAGUCUUGUCAUGACUUACCAUGACGUUGCCAACAGCGCUUUGUCCUUGUUUUUUGGAGACUGGUAUCUUGGAGCAGAUUAUUCUGUUAGGAUAUUUGUGAUUCUUUCCUUUCCGAUUCUGAACAACGUCCUAAUUUUUGCCCUUUGUUAUCCCAGAGUUAACCAAAUGUCUCUUCUGACUCUCUCAAAAGCAUCUGUUUGUGUCCUACCAGUUAUGAGAAUUAAUCAAAUCCAUAUAUAUUUAUGAGAUUACCAGGAAGCUGGAGGAGAGAGUAUGCCUUCUUUCUCUUACCUGAAUGUUAACUGAUCAGCAGAACAGACGAUAGUCACAGACGUGACUCUUUCUUAACCGUGUCAUUGCUGCUGUACACCCGGGAAACUGUUGUCACUACAAUCCACAAAAUUCAUACGCUACCCCAACCCACAGCCCAUUUCCCAGCUUAUUCCAUGCUGCAGGACCAGUAGCCUAAUCUAUGUUGUGUUCCAGGAAGAGUGUGAGCAAGACCGAAGCGUUAUGAGUUGUUUUUUGUCUUUGCCAUAGCCAUCGUGAAACGUCUUGGUGAAACUCCCAGAUGAGUGCAGGAAUCGGACCAUACUUUGUGUUAGAGAACACCGUGAAAAAUAUCCCUGGGGAUUAAAAAAACAAACACCGGGGAGGUUUGUCCCUAAAAGCAGAGAAGAGAGCGAGGGUGAACCUCAGACUGAAAAGAAACCCCACCACCUCCAGGCCCCGAGGACCUCCCUCGGUGGCCUCUUACAGA